AAUGAAGCCCAAAUGAUGCAUUACGGAGCCUCCCACCUAGGGAAACAGAGGUCACAUCUAGAGAUUAGACAUGAGCAUCAAAGACAGAAGACAGCAAGCUGGUGGGAGCACUACAAGCUGCUGCCACCGAGAGCCCCUCUCCAGGGCCUCAGUGAAGGUUCUCUUCCCUCUAGAAAGGAGCAAACCUACCCUCCUGCAGUUCUCCAAGAUAGGGCAGCCCACCUCCUCCAUGGCAGACUCUGUGACUUGGGUCUUUGGAAUGAAGAGUCUAUGAGCCCCUUGGGGACCCAGGAUGCACUGAACAACAGGCUGAAGAAUCGCAGUCCAGACACAGGAUGGGCGGGAACCAGGAAACAUCUGGUUUGCUGUUUCAGACUCUCAACUCACGAAAUCUCCCCAGGAAACUCACAUUUUGCUUUUUACUAAGUUUUCAGGACAGCAAAAUUCUGCUCAUCCUAG